AUGACGGAAAAUGCCAAAAGGAAAGCUGCACCGACCGACGGUCAGUCGGGGCAGCAGUCCAAGAAGAAGAAGACAGGGAAUGCAGGGAAAUGGAAGACUCCCCAGCACGAGGCAAAAGCUGCGCAGCACCAGGAUGCCAGCAUCCAGCCAGGCGACGCCGGCAUCUGGGUCACUUGCGCCAGACACCAGGAGCUGAGGGCAGCGAGGGAGAUUGAAGUACUGUUCGCCGAGUAUGCCCAGAAAAUGUACGGCAUAAAAGGCGUGCAUGAUACCGAAGACACGGACGGGGAUGACGCCGAGGACGAUAUUGAGGCCGCCAUCCAAAAGGAGCUGGCAGCCCUGGACGCGAAGGGGACCGGCAGCGCCACGGCGGGGGGGCAAAAUCUGACUCCAAUCAAGAUGAGCGUUGACUGCCUGCUGUUCGUCAAAACCAGACCCCCCAUCGACCCGGUCGCCUUCGUGCGCCGCAUCUGCGAGGACGCAGAGAGCCGCUCGGAUCCCAGCCAGAUGAGAUGCCGCUACGUCAACCGGCUCACCCCGGUGACGGCCACCGCCAAGGCCACCGAACAAGGGCUCGUCGAGCUCGCUAAGGAGGUCCUUGGCCCUUUCUUUGACCUGAGCGGGAAGCGAUCGGGCGCGGCGGCCGUCGCAAAGGACGUUGAGGCGGUAGCCGAAGGCUCAGAAGCUCGCAACGGCGAAGGUGAAUCGGGGGGCAGUCCCCCUGAACCGAAUACAGAGGCAGCCAGCGGCCAUGAGCUCCCUGCUCCACCCCCAAAAAACCAGGGGUUCACGUUUGCUAUCCGGCCGACGAUCCGCAACCACAGCAACUUGAAGAGGGACACUGUCAUCAACUCGAUCGCGGCCCUCAUCAAUGAUGACCGCCACAAAGUCAACCUAACCACACCAGAUAAGGUGAUACUCAUUGACAUUUACCAGGCCGUAUGCGGAAUGAGCGUCGUGGACGGCAACUGGGAGGAGCUCAAACGGUUCAACCUAACUGAAUUGUACAGUCAAGCGAGGGCAGUCCCAGGCGCUGCGAGCUCUCGCGAAUGA